CACCGACGGCAGCCGUCAGUACGAAACGACACCUCUGACAGAGGAACACGGCUUUCGGUCUCCUCCGGGCUGCAACAUGCUCUCGCUAUACUUCAUACACGUUUAACGUUACACGCGAGAUAUCGAAAAAAAUAUCAGGAAAACGCGAUAAAUCUUCAUGAAGCCAUUUCGUAAACAUAUCUCUGCGAAAUUUACGAUUGCAUCUUAUUGAUAAACACGGUUUUACUGAGCGCUGGUGAAUUAAUUAGCCAUAAAUUUAUUAACUUAUAAAUUAAACUUUACUUGUUCGAGAAAAUUUUGUAAGUAAAGUGCGGUUUAUCAAGAUGAAUCCCUUGGAUGUAAUAACAAUUUUCUUUGCAAAGUUGCAAUCAGAAGACGAAUUUUGUGUAUCAAUGUGUGAGUUGAUUUCGGCUGCCGCAUCUAAUUAGUGUGCUCGUCCUCUGUCAACAGUAUAUAUACACAAUCCGCACUCACAACAGUGCAACAGUUGCAGAUCGUCGGGACCUUAUGAAGAUGAUGAUGUAAUUGCAUUCCUCGCGAUUGGUGCCGGUGUUAACAGAAUUUUAUCUCUGGAAUGUUACUAUGAUGUGCUUAUCGUCAUCAUUCGCAAAAUAUCGCAGAAAUAACUUGAAGACUAUUCGAUGAAACUGCGAAUUCCAUAGUAAUUACGCGAAAAGAUACGGAAGAACUGUUAUAUUGAUUCAUUUAUUAAAAGAGACUCAAAGUGAGAUCGAGAGGUUCAAUGAAAAGACAGUUUGCUUUGCGAUUCAAGUAAUCGAAGAAAGUUUUAAUCGGCAGCGAAAUCGACAUUACAACGAGCAGUGAUUUGAAAGCGUGAAAAAAUGACGUAAAAAUUAGACGCGCAGAUAAAAGUGUGCAUCGUCGUCCGGAAACUGCAGCGAGAUGCAUCGACAGUGAGGCCGAGGGAGCGAAAAUCCGUCAAGAUGCAAUCACUCGUCCUUCCCUUUUUGCUGCUAUCUUUAACGUGUGGUGUGAGAGUUGGCAGCGGUCAUCUGAUAGACGGAAUUUUCACGGAGCCGACUUUGGAGCCGGGCUACAAUUUGGUGGCGGUGGUCCCGCGUGGCGCCUUGGCAUUGAACGUGACUGAACUCCGUCACACGCAAAACUAUCUUGCUAUUAGACUGCAAGAUGGCAGCUAUUUGUUGAACGGGAAUUACACUAUCAAUUGGUCCGGCGAGUAUAAGGCAGCUGGAACAACGUUUAUUUAUCUUCGUCAGGGUCCUCAGAAUUUAGAAAGCUUUUCUGCCGCAGGUCCAUUACAGGAACCCAUAGAUGUCAUGGUUUUAUAUCAAGAACCAAAUCCUGGCAUUGUUUAUCGAUACGUUAUUCCCGGAAAUUCUCCAAGAAGCACUCAUCUCACGCACAAUUCAGUUUCCAAUAAUGGUGUCGAGCCUGGCUUACAAAAUAGAAGAAUUGAAAACGGGCCUACAAUAAGUGAUGUAACACCCUCGCCGUAUCUAUCGCGACGUUACAGGAGAAGAAAAUUUACCUGGAAAGCAACUGGCUACAGUGAAUGCAGCAAAUCAUGCGGCGGAGGUGUACAGACACUCAGGCAUUUGUGUAUCAAAGAGCACACACAGCAGCAAGUACCGGAAAAGAGAUGCCACGCGUUGGAACGACCGCGAGAAAUUCGUCUCAGGUGCAACACCAGGCCGUGUCCACCAAGGUGGCGUGGCGGACCAUGGAGUGAUUGUUCCACUUCCUGCGGUAGUGGAGUUCGCACGCGCGAACUUGAAUGCGUGCAGGAGGUGAAAUCGUCAUUAACGAUGCGAAUCGCCGACGGGGCUUGCACAGAUCCAAGAAAUCUGCCGACAACCGAAGUGUGCGAAAUGCCAGCGUGCAACGAGGAGAUUAGGCCAACACCGACUCAGGCGUCUUCGCAAACAUCGGCACCGCGAUGGACUGUGGGCGUUUGGUCGCAAUGUUCUACGUCUUGCGGCGUAGGAAAGAAAAUGCGAGUUGUAACUUGCAUUACUCAAGGUGCUCCGUGCGAUCUCUCAGAAAAGCCCGAGAUACAUGAAACGUGCGACUUAGGAUCAUGUUUAGCAAAACCAACGCCAUUAAACGUUAUUUCUGCAAAGCUUCAGAGUCCACAAUGGUUAUUUACCGAAUGGUCUGACCAAUGUUCAGCGGAAUGUGGUACUGGAGUUCAGACCAGGAGAGUUCUGUGCGAGACAAACUCUGACGACGAGUAUUGUGAUGAAUCGAAUCGACCUGAAACUUCUAGAGAUUGUUUAAGCAACAGAACCUGUAGCGGUCAAUGGUUCACGGGGCCGUGGACAGAGUGUUCCUCAAGCUGCGACUUGGGUGAGCAAGUCAGAGAUGUAGUAUGUGUUACUACUCUUCGAGGCUCUCUACGCGUUGUGUUGGACAUGAAUUGUCCUGCGAACAAGCCGGAAACUAGGAAACCUUGUAGAGAACGUCCUUGCACGUCUACUUGGUUCAUAUCAGACUGGACAUCGUGUUCACGAUCCUGCGGCAAAGGUACUCAGAAACGUGAAGUACGAUGUCUAAACCCGGACGGACAAUUACCAAACUCUCAUGAAGUUCACUGCCGAGAGGAUGACCGACCGGUAUCUCGAAGGACAUGCAACGAUUAUCCUUGCAAAGACGAUUUACGCGCGUCCGAAAAUUCUCACAGGGUUCUGCAAGUUCAGGACGAUCCCGAGAUAACAAAUGGUGUCGAGAGCAAUCCGUUUUGCAAGGACAAAAUAGCUAAUUGUAAUUUAGUCACGCAAGCUCGGCUCUGCUCGUAUCAAUUUUAUCAAGAAUCUUGCUGUCUAUCGUGUUCCCGAAUCAAGCAAGAUUUGGAAUAGAAAUUUCUCGACAAUCACGAUUCUUUCAUGCCAGACGUGCCUUCACAGUAGAUAUUAAUAUCGCCAAUUAAAACUCAAUUUUUACCACUUACUGAUAAUUUUGAUCAUAAAUAAACAGUGAAACUUUUGUACGUUCUACGUGUAGAAGUGUAGAUAUGCAUGCUGCAGAGCAAUUUAAUACGAAGUCUGUGACUUUGCUGGUAAAUUCGAGCAAGUUAUUUGAUGGAGAACAUGGAGACCGAUCGCGUGCAUAAUUGUUGAUCCGUUUAAUCGCAGCGAUCCGACGCAGCAUUUAGAUCCGCACUGUUCUCGCAUAAUCAUACAUGUAUAUCAAGCAUUAAUAAAUUUUGCGCUUUUUCAGUU